AUGGCAUCAUCAGCCCAGCCACAAAGAUAUUCCAAUAUUACCCUCGGCUCUUCGUUAAAUCCCAGUACAAAUUCAUCGUGGUUGUCACCCUCUGGACUCUAUGCCUUUGGAUUCUACAAGCUAAACAAUGGCUACGCUGUCGGAAUUUUUCUUGCUGGGAUUCCAGAAAAGACUGCUCUCUUCUCUCAAGGUGGAAACUGCAAAAAGCAAAGACUUCCAUUAAGAUAUGGAAGAAGAUCACAAGGCAGUUCAGACGUUGCUCUUAUCAGGGUGAGCAAAACAACAUCAUCAUCGACUCAAGGAGUUUUGGGUAAAUCGGGCAAAAAGAUUCGUUUAGACAUCUUAAUCGUCAGCAUUUUACUUGUUGCUUUGGCUGCCUUGAUCUUCGCAUUUAGUGGGAUAUAUGUCCACAGAAAUCGUGUUAGCUAUAAGAAGAUCUCUAAGUUCGGAAAUGUUGAACUGAUUGAGGAUGUUGGUUUGCGAGAAUUUAACUACGAAGAACUUGUGCAAGCAACAAAUGAAUUCAAAGAAGAGCUCGGUAGAGGAGCAUCUGCCACAGUUUACAAAGGGAUCUUAUCGAACAACAAAAAUGUUGUGGCCGUGAAGAGGCUCGAGAAAGAAUUGGAAGAAGGAGAAAAAGAAUUCCAGACUGAGAUGAAGGUGAUAGGAAAAACAUAUCACCGUAAUCUGGUCCGACUUCUUGGUUACUGCCUCGAAGGAUCUAAGUGGAUUUUGGUAUAUGAAUACAUGAAAAAUGGAACACUUGCAGAUAUACUUUUCAAUCCCGAAAACCGACUAUAUUGGGAAGAAAGAAUUCGAAUUGCUCUUGAUAUUGCAAGAGGCAUCCUCUAUUUGCACGAGGAGUGUGAGACGCAGAUCAUUCAUUGUGAUAUAAAACCACAAAACAUACUCAUGGAUGAGCAUAGGUGUGCAAAAAUUUCCGACUUCGGACUGGCAAAGCUCUUAAAGAAAGAUCAAACAAACACCUAUACACAGAUAAGAGGAACUCGGGGUUAUGUAGCCCCAGAGUGGCACAAAAAAUUGCCUGUGACAGUUAAAGCAGACGUUUACAGCUUUGGAAUUGUUCUACUAGAGAUCAUAUGUGGUAGAAAAAGUGUUGAUUGGAGCUUGCCUGAAGAUGAAGCUAUUCUUGAUGAGUGGGUCUACAAGUGUCUCCAGGAAGGUGAGACAAGUAAACUGGUGCGAGAUGAGGACGUCGACAAGAGAAAAUUUGAGAGAAUGAUUAAAAUUGGUAUAUGGUGCAUCCAAGACGAACCAUCUCUCCGUCCAUCGAUGAAGAAAGUUUUAUUGAUGCUGGAAGAGACUGUAGACAUCCCAGUACCUCCAAGUCCUACUUCUUUCCUAAGUACCAUAUAGUUUUGUUGAGGCCGAAGGGACCGUACACAUCUCAAGUUUUCUGGAAUGUUAAAUAAAAUAGUCAAUUAAAUUAUGUUUUGUUUGAUUUUAGGAUUUUCUUUCUGGUUCUGAAGUAUUGAUUUUGGAGCUUUAGUUAACUGUUAUUCACUCUGUUUCCUAAGGACUAAAAUAUAGUACACAUGCACACGGGCUAGCCUCAAUUAUAAUUUACUACUAGAUGGCUACAACGCUUUUAUCUUUCAAGUGACACGAACUUCU